AUGUCAAUUGCUGGAAACAUUUUGGUCGUACUCGCCAUAUACACGGAUCGAGGUCUUCGACGGAUCGGAAAUCUUUUCCUCGCGAGUUUGGCCAUAGCCGACUUAUUUGUCGCCAGUUUGGUAAUGACAUUUGCCGUCGCAAACGAUUUAUUAAAAUAUUGGGUUUUCGGUUCGCAAUUUUGCGACACUUGGAUCGCAUUCGACGUCAUGUGUUCGACUGCAAGCAUAUUAAAUUUGUGCGUCAUUUCGUUAGAUAGAUACAUACACAUAAAGGAUCCACUCAGAUACGGAAGAUGGGUGACGAGAAAAGUCGCUUUAGGCUCGAUAGCGGCCAUAUGGAUAUUAGCCGCACUAGUAUCUUUUCUUCCAAUAUCCCUGGGGAUUCACACGUCGCAAGAUCCCUGGGAAUACACGGAAUCAGGUGUCAAAUAUUACACGUGUGCAAUGGAUUUACUUCCAAUAUAUGCGGUCCUUUCGAGCUGCAUAAGUUUUUACAUUCCGACUUUAGUUAUGUUAGGCAUAUAUUUAAGAUUGUACAUGUAUGCUCAAAAACAUGUAAAAAGUAUACGGGCCGUAACAAAGCCAUUUAAUAAUUCAAAUCAUUCAUCGGAUCAACCUCACGCGAUCGCAGCCAAACUCAACGCCCAAAAUUCAAGUGCAUAUCACGUGUCUGAUCAUAAAGCAGCCAUAACCGUAGGAAUCAUAAUGGGUGUAUUUCUCGUUUGUUGGGUUCCUUUUUUUUGCGUCAACAUCGUUGCUGCUUUUUGCAAACAUUGCAUUCCGACGGAUGUUUUCAAGGUACUCACGUGGUUGGGAUAUUCGAAUUCGGCAUUUAAUCCCGUCAUAUAUUCUAUAUUCAACACGGAAUUUCGUGAAGCUUUUAAAAAAAUAUUAACGACAAAUUAUGCCGGAUAUUGUUGGAACGAUAGAAGGUCGGAGUUUGGUUAUCGCAGCAGGAAAAGCACUGACGAAUAUUUCGGAGUGAGAAAUUCGUGUGAAAAAUUAAGAAAAAAUGGUUCUUGCACGCAAAUAAAAGAAUGUUCGAGUUCCGGAUCACCCAGACAAGUGAGAGUAUCAUCGACGGAUAAGGGAGUACGUUAA